CUCUUGCCACAGAUUGCUUAUUCUUUCCUCUAUAAAAGUGGCUAUGAAUUUCCAAAGAGACUCUCACUCACUCUCAUUAAAACCUAGAGAAGCAAAACAUCCGUAUAAGAAAAAUGGCACAAGCUACGCGUCAGUCUUCUCUACAAGGGGAACUUGAGGUAGAUAUUGAGAUCAAAGCAUCGGCAAAGAAGUUCCAUCACAUGCUCUCUGGAAGACCACAAGAUGUUGCGAAAGCCACUCCUGACAUCCAGGGAUGUGCUUUGCAUGAGGGAGAGUUUGGCAAAGUUGGCAGUGUCAUAUUCUGGAACUAUGCUAUUGAUGGGCAGCCCAAGGUGGCGAGGGAGAGGAUCGAGGCAGUGGAUCAGGAGAAGAAUCUGUUAGUGCUCAGGGUAAUAGAUGGAGAUCUGACGAAAGAGUUCAAGAGCUUCUUGGUCACUAUCCAGGCAACCCCAAAGCUAAGAGGACCGGGAAGUGUGGUUAAGUGUCACUUAAAAUAUGAGAGGAUUGACGAGAAGGUGGCUCCUCCGGAGAAGCUGCUCGAGUUGUUUGCCAAGCUAACCGAAUCAAUGGACGAAAUGCUUUUGUCCGAAGUCUAGAGGAUUCCUUGGAUAUCCAUCUAUCUAUCUAUCUAUCUAUGUUUGUGGGUGUUUUGUAAGAUAUCUCAAAUUUUCAAUAAUGUGCUCUCUCUAUGAAGAGAUCUGAACUGCAAGUAUUGCAGAGUUUGUGUUACGUAUGUUUGAAGUUUUUAAUUAGUUGCAAAUUAUAACAAUUGUGUUGCUGCUAUAUGUUUCGCCUAUGCAUGUUAUGUUUUAAGAAAAGUAAAAGCGUUCGUCUACUUUUUUUUU